AUGGAUAGUACAGAUAACAAUAAUAUCGUCCCACCAGUUAUAACAACAACUUCUACUUCGACCACCUCUACUACAACUACAGCUACAACUGCUGCAGCUACUACAGCUACAACUAAUGCUGCACCAUCAACUGUCAGUAGUGGUGGAGCUACCAAUGACCAAGAAGAUGUAGGAGUAUCAAAUGCAUCAGUGAAUGAAUCAUUGGCAGGAUUAUCACAUCAUAAACAAGGUAUACCUGACGGUUCAUAUAGAUCGGUUGAUGUCAACGGACAAUGGAUUGCAAACAAACUCAAAGAGAGAGAACACUUAUAUACGGAAAAGAAAAACAUGACCAUCUUUUUGGGAACGUGGAAUGUCAAUGGCAAGAAACCACAGGAACCAUUGGAUCCAUGGUUAUGUGAUCCUGCCAUGCCUCUUCAACCAGAUAUAUAUGCAAUUGGAUUCCAAGAGCUGGAUUUGACUGCAGAAGCACUCUUGCUUGGUGACACUACUCGAUCACUGCCAUGGGAACAGAAAAUAUUGGAAUCCAUUUCAAAUGAAUACGUAAAGAUUAUGAGUAGACAACUAGUGGGUAUCCUGCUAUGUGUCUAUGUCAAAAAGGAACAUCGUCAACAUAUAACAAUGGAAAGAAGUGAUAUUGCAACCGUCGGUAUCAUGGGUAUGAUGGGAAAUAAGGGUGGUGUUGCUAUUCGUUUCAAAUUCUACAACACUUCCAUCUGUAUAUUAAAUAGUCAUCUCAAUGCUCAUCUCGAAAAUAUACUUAGAAGAAAUCAAGAUAUGAAAGAUAUCGCCAAAAAUAUUAAAUUUGUUGUUGAAGAUAAUAAUAUUAUUACAAUGUUUGAUCAUGAUCAAUUAUUUUGGAUAGGAGAUUUAAAUUAUCGUAUACCUUUACCAGAUGCAGAAGUAAAGGAAAAGAUUAAAAAGAAAGAUUUUUAUAGUUUAUUUUUACACGAUCAAUUGUAUCAACAAAUGAAAUCGGGUGCAGCAUUUGAAGGAUUCCAAGAACCUCCAAUUAGCUUUGCACCAACCUAUAAAUACGAUGCAGGCACUGAUGUAUACGACUCUAGCGAAAAGAAACGUACACCGGCAUGGUGUGAUCGUGUGCUCUGGAAGACAUCAAAGACGGCUGAGAAUGUGGGUAUUUUGACGUAUCGUCGUCACGAGCUACUUUCAUCUGACCAUCGUCCAGUGUCGGGAUCGUUUAUCAUCAAGGUGAGAGCUGUCAUUCCCGAAGUAAAGAAUCGCAUCUAUCAAGAGAUUGUCAAAGAACUCGAUAAAAAGGAGAAUGACAGUAUGCCCGACGCAACCAUUUCGACUAAUUUGAUUGACUUUGAGAGCGUCAAGUUUAUGGUACCUGUUACGAGAACGAUUGUGCUCGAAAAUGUCGGUCAGGUGAUUGCGCGAUUCAAGUUUAUCCCCAAACUCAACGAAAAGAUUCUAUGCAAGCCGUGGCUCAAGAUAUCGCCGUUUGCGGGGAUCAUGUUGCCCAAGGAAAAGAUUACGAUCGAGUUGACUGUCUAUGUCGACAGCACCACCUCGUAUGCAUUCAAUGUGGCCAAUGAAACAAUGGACGACAUUCUCAUCCUCCAUCUCGAGAAUGGUAAAGACUACUUUAUCUCGAUUAUGGGGUCUUGGAAACCAACAUGUUUUGGCAACACCCUCGAGAACCUCGUGCGAUACCAAGGUCCACUCGUCGGCACCCAACCCAUGCCCGUCGAACAAAAGAAACUAUCGAUACCCAAGGAACUGUGGAGAAUGGUCGACUCGCUCUACUCAAACAACGGUAUGGCCGAAGAGAACUUGUUUAUCGUGUCGGGUGUCUCUAAAGAGAUUGAACAGAUCAAAGAGUGUCUCGACACUGGCACACCGUUCCCAGCAUUUAGCAAUCACUCGAUGGCCGAGGUAAUCAUUCGCUUCCUCGAAGCAUUGUGCGACCCCGUCAUUCCAUUCACUCUCUACCAACAAGCACUAGAUGGUUCCUCUGCCGUUCUCUCCUGUAAAACUCUCGUAUCUCACCUGCCAUCUGUAAACUACAACGUAUUUUUCUAUUUAAUUUCAUUCCUGACAGAGGUCUUGUCACACCACGACCAAAACUCUCUCUCUGCCGACAAGCUAGCCAUUGUAUUUUCAACUGUUCUCCUUAGACCAUCCCCAACCAAUUCAGCUCUAGUACAACAAUCAACUGAUGCUACCAUUGUUAAAAAGAAGGCUGAUUUCAUAAAGCACUUUAUUCAUUCUCAUAAUAAUAUAUAA